AUACACAAUUUCUGAACAACGAUGGAUGAUUCGGAGCUUAGAUUGGAGUAAUAGCGUGUCACAAUCAAACACACUUCCGGAACAUGAACUGCUCGUUGCUUUAUGUUGUACUGAUAAAACUGCACUGAAAAUCUCACUAUUUUCCACAAAGGCAGAACGGAGUUGUUACAUUUACGUGCUAUAGAUCAAAUAUGCACCUCUUGCGUAACAAUACAAUAACAAAGAAUUGAUACGAUGAUUACCUACAGUAAUACACACAACAUGGCUUGGGAGAUGAAACAACCCUCGUGACCAUUUACAGCAGGUGUUACCGUUUCGAUGGUGAUUAGUUUUCAAUUUAAAACAAACCUUAUUAAAUUUUCAUUCAUUUUAGUAGACAAUUGGGCUGGCAUUUGUGGUGGAGGGUAUUGGGAAAAUCUUAUAAAAUGAAUAAGAUUUUAAGGACACCUUUUGAGUGUUUUCUUGUCUUGCAGUAGAAGAACUUCUUUUCAACAACGCCCGAUGGCUCGUUUGGUUCUGCACGAAGUGCGCUACGUGUUGAUGGCGAUGGUUUACAUCUCGCGGUGUUUAGUAGAAAAGAUACAAAAUUCUAUGGUCGAUAAAUUCAUCUACUGGGUACUUACCCUUAUUCCGAUCGCCAUGCUGUGUAUUCCACAGGUAAAUCCGUGGCUUCCGUAAACGCCGGAGGGUAUGCAAUUUGGAUUGCAUGUAGCACAGCAUGCAGGGGCGAGCAACCUGUUUCGGAGUUUUGUUGCAUUCGUUUUAGUAUAGUUAUAAAAAAUUAAUUAAAACUAUAUUUGUUAAGUGAAUUUUCUUCAACGUUACAGUUUUCAUAUUUGCUCGUAGAUACGAAAGAUCUGGUUGAAUUCGUCACAGUACUGGUGCCGUUUACGGAAAUUGUGCUCACGAACUUGAAAAUGGCUAUUUGCAAUAUGAAAAGAGAAAAAAUUAUCAACCUCAUCAAUGAAAUGCAGGUGGAAUGGAACGAAUGUAAGCUAGCAGUAGCUAUUUUCCAUUCUCGUUGCUUACCUUUGUAAUCUCGUUGUAGAUCAAAAGUCGGAACAUCUUGAAAUUCAGCGUUUGAUUACAUCCACAGCUAGAAAGACGCGCAUUUUUGUCAUCAUCUACACGACUGCAUUCGUGGUUAUUGUACUGGAGUAUGCAUCAAUGCCAUUGUUUAAGUACACUUUUCUGAACGUAUUUAUGAAAAACCAUUCCAACUAUACCGUCACGAUACCAUACAAAUCGAGAUUCUUUUACAGCACGGAAAGUACCACAAACUUCUCGCUGACCUAUUUCUUCAUAAUGAUCGCAGUCUACAUUCUGGCGCUAACGCUCAGCGGUUUCGACAGUUUAUUUGCAACACUUGCCAUGCACAUAACGACAAUGUUUAAAUUUAUGAAAAUACAAAUCGAUCAACUGGAACUGGAUCUGCGUGCUGGGACGAACUCUACCGAGAUGCACGCCAAGUUGAAGGGAAUUAUAUUGAAGCACAAAACGAACCUUUCUCUAAUUGACCAGCUAGAGGAUUGCUUCAGCUUCUAUUUGAUGGUGCAAUUUCUAACCAGCUCGAUCGUCGUUUGUGUUGUGCUGUACGAGCUAACGAUUGUUUUCGGAUGGAAUGAAGAUACUGUUAAAACGCUUACCUAUUUACCCGGUGCUAUACUGCAGCUGUAUCUGUUCUGUUGGUACUCACAGAACAUCACAGAAGAGGCAAGCAUGGUAUCCGACCAUAUUUACAACAUUCCCUGGUAUUUGAGCGAUCGUGCACUGCAAAAAACGAUCCUCACAUUCAUGGUUAAGGCACAGAAGCCUACGGGUGUAACGGCGUCCAAGUUUUACAUGGUUACGUUACAAAGCUUUCAGCGGAUUACUAGCACCUCCUAUUCCUACUUUACGUUACUUCAAACGAUCAAUCAGCAGUAGUUGUAGUAAAAAAAGAACAAUAAGAAAACCAUUUCACUCCCAAAAGUAUGCAAUCUGUAGUCAGUUUAGCAUUAUUUUCCUUUUUUCUAAGAAUAAACUUUUGAUUCACGACCUAUGCUCUGGUCUAAAAAUAAAUCAUUUGCAUACCUACAGGAUACCCACGAUGCACAAAGACUCUUUUUUACCAAGUUGUUCUUAUCGCUAUAUCAUAAUUUAAUUAAGACACUUAGACCUAGCAAUUAAUACAAAAUGCAACUAAAAUAUACAUUUUUCAUAUUUUACAUUUUGCGUUUAUUUUGAUAUUGGUAUAUAUAAAUGUUUAUCCCCUUCCCCAAUCGAAGGGAAGGUAAUGCUUUUACCGACCAUUUUAAAAACGACUGCCGCAGACAUGUUCGCCCAUGCGCAGUGCGUGUGCAGAAGAGAUGAACGCACGCCAAUGACAAACGAAACGCCAAUCAAUACGCUAUUGACAUUAGCCCGAAAGGUAGAGGAAGGUUAUCCUUAAAACAGUAGCCCGUGUAGCAGUAGCAACCAUUUUCGCACCAAAACAAAGCGUCCUCCUUUUAGUGGGUGGGUGUUAGUGCACACAAUUAGUAUUAGACCGCAUCGUAGUAACCGACACCGAAACAAAACAA